AGCAGCCUGCCGGAAAUCACAUCCGUGGAGGAACGCGUGCUCACCCGGCUGACAGGUUAGACUAUGCAGCCUGUAGGUCAGAGUCACUACACACAACAACAGAGUCUAGUGCUAAUGAAAGGCUGAUUUUUUUUUUUUCUUUUCUGUAUUUUUAUUUAUUUUUUAACAGAUAGCUCAGCCAUGUCCGGAGCGUUAGCAAGGCUGCUCUUCUAUCCGACUUUAGCCUACAAUGUUGUCAUGGAGAAGGUGUCGUCCAGGCGGUGGUUUGACCGAGUGGACGAGACGGUGGUCCUCGGAGCUCUGCCGUUCAGGUCCAUGACCAAACAGCUGGUUGAAACAGAAAAUGUUCGAGGGGUUAUCACCAUGAAUGAGAAGUAUGAGACUAAAUAUUUCUGCAACUCAGCAGAGGAGUGGCAGGCUGCAGGGGUGGAGCAGCUGAGGCUGAGCACGGUUGACCUCACUGGCAUCCCCAGCCUGGAGAACCUGCACCGGGGCGUGGAGUUCGCCCUGCAGUGCCGAGAGCGGGGGACCAGCGUGUACGUCCACUGCAAGGCCGGACGCUCCCGCAGCGCCACGCUGGCUGCUGCUUACCUCAUCCGGUUACACUGCUGGACUCCAGAGGAGGCCUGUCAGAAGCUGACGUCUGUUCGACCGCACAUCCUGGUGCGUGCUGCUCAGCUGGAGAUGCUGAGGAAAUACUACCAGCAGGUGUGUGGACAGUCCAGCUGAGAGCGAAGGGCGACAGGACCGACCUCAUAAUGUUCCCAGCAGCUGGAAGACUGAAUCACAGCUGUUGUAUCAAUCAGUCCUCCAUAAUCAUAAUGUACACCCACUGAAGAGUAAAUGCCAAACAUGUUGUGCCCCCCCCCACAGUGUCCCAGUGGUCAAUUCAUGAAAAAUAAGUAAGCAGAAAUGACAAUUUCUACAAGUAAUUAUCAUGAAUUUCUUUUGUAACCCUCAUUUCAUAAAACCUGCAACUUCAAAGUGACGAACGUGGAACAGUGACUUAAACCCUCCCUCCUGUAAAUCCCUGACUCUGGUUUUAGUACCUGGAGCUAAAACAUAUAAAUUUAAUUUCUGAAAGACGUGAAGCUCCGAAUUAUGGUACAAAGAAAACACUUGGAAACGUUUUUAAAUUCCUGUCCCUUUUUGUGAUUUUUCCCAACCCGUCGUCGUGUUUCAGCCAAAAAUUCUUUCAAAUUCCAUAUGAAAAACAACAUUGCUGUACCAUUUGCUUCUGACUUUUGUAAUAAAAACACUUCAUUGAA